GACAGCGAGUCUUUCUCUAGUCUGUCCACGGGACCACGGCUCCACGCCGGAGAGAAGGAGCAAGCUUUAUCACGCCCGCACUUCGAAACAGACAGAAAGAGGGGUCGGGUUGUUGCAUCAGGCGCCUCCCAUGGUCGGCCCCAAGCCGCAGCCGAAUCGGAUGUGCAAGUCCAAGAGCGCCAUCGCCACCACCACCUCCUCCUCCUCCAUGGCCGCCGCCGCCGCCUCCACCCCGAGAAACCACCGCUCGCCGCGAUCCACCACCACCUACCCGGCUGCCUUCUCCUACUCCUCUUCCACCACCUCCUCCUCCGCCGCAUCCCUCGCCGCGCUCCGCGACUCCCUCCCCGAACUCCCCCUCCUCUUCACCUUCCACGACCUCGCCGCUGCCACCGCCAACUUCUCCUCCUCCCACCGCCUCGUCCACGCCGCCGCCUCCUCCUCCUCCAACUCCUUCCGCUGCUCCCUCCGCGGCCAUCCCGCCGCCGUCUUCCGCCGCCCGCUCCGCCGCGACGCCCGCGAGGUCUCCUCCCGCCUAGCCGUCCUCGGUCACUGCCACCACGCCGCCAUCGCACGCCUCCUCGGCGCCGCUGCAUCCCCCGACCGCACCACGCUCUUCCUCGCCUACGAGUUCGUCUCCGACGCGGCCCCGCUCUCCGCGCUCCUCCGAAACCCCAAGAACCCGUCUUUCACCCCGCUCGCCUCCUGGCACUCGCGGCUCCAGCUCGCCGCCGACGUCUGCGACGCCCUCCACUACGUCCACCUCCAGGCCGACACCGUCCAUAACCGCCUCUCCGCCUCCUCCGUCCUCGUCUGCGGCGACGGGCCCCUCUUCCGCGCCAAGAUCGCCCAUUUCGGCGCCGCGGACCUCGCCGGCGAGCUUCCGGUGGACCAGAAAGAUGAAAAAGAAGCAAAGGGCUCCGGGCACCGCCGCACCGGCAGCCGAGGGAGGCGGAUCGAGGGUACGCGCGGGUACAUGGCGCCGGAGCUCAUCGCGGGUGGCCCGCCAUCGCGGCGCUCCGACGUGUUCGCUCUGGGCGUGGUGCUCCUGGAGCUGGUGUCCGGGCAGGAACCGUUGAGGUACGAGCUGGUGAACCGCGCGACGGGGGAGUACGAGAGGACGUCGCUGAUCGAGGCUGCGGAGGCCACUGCGGCAGAGGGCGGCGGGGAGGCGAUGCGGCGGUGGGUGGAUCGGAGGCUGAGGGACUCGUUCCCCGUGGACGCGGCCGAGUCGCUGACGGUGCUGGCGCUGCGGUGCGUGGCCAAGGAUCCCUUGGCGCGGCCGGACAUGUCGUGGGUCGCCGCCAAGGUGUCGAAGCUGUUCCUGGAGGCGCCGGAGUGGGCCAGCAAGUUCCGCGUGCCCACCGACAUCUCCAUCUCCAUCGCUCCCAGGUGAGAUCAUCUGAGGUGAUGCUCCUUUACGCCGGAGCCAGGCGCCAUUGCUCUGCCCCCGCACGCCGGCGAGUCAAGCAAGCAUUGGCUUCGUCGCCGGAAUUGACUCCUACAGAGAGUUGCUGAUCGCAUCACGCUAACGAAGCUUAGCCAGCCAGUGGUAGAGUUGAGAUGCUUACAGUAUCGUAGAUAUCUUGCUAGUACAUACAGUAGCUUGCCUUGCCAAUAAUUUGAUUGUUCUUUCAUUGUUAAUUUGGGAAUUUAGGCAGAUUUAGACAAAUUUUGCUUUGUUUUCUUUCUCUUGUUCCUAUUGCUGAUGUAAACAGGAGUGAUACAUUUGCAUAUAGUAUUACACAUAGAUUCAGCUUUGGCUGAUAAAAUAUCUGAGAUUAGGCAGAUGUACACGCUUACUAAAAGUGAAGAAAGAAAGAAAUAUCCAGGAAAUCGUAGAAAUUUGUCAA